CGCAUGUGCGGGGAAUGGCGUUUGGCCUACCGAUCAACUCACCAUGGGUUUCAGAGGGUCUCCCGCGUCCGCGAAGGCUUCCGCUGCCCCAUUGUCUUUAUUCGGGAGAUUGACCAAUGGAGAGAAUUGGAGGGCAGGAAGGACUCGGGUCCUCCAGCCAAUCAGAGCGCGGGCUUUGUGUGAAUGAAGAUUGAGCUUCAACCGGACGAAAACUUCCUCCUGUGUCCAACAUCUGAUACGAGAAGGGGAGAGGAUUUACAGACAGAAAUCUGAAAUCAAUGGUUAAGAUCUCACUGAGUCACUCGAUUUAUCGGAACCUGAAUAUGAUCAGCUUUUGAAUUUAGAAGGAGAAAUGUUUGUCUGUUCUGUCUGCUUGAAAAGAUUUUAAACAUCAGUGUGACUGGAAAAGCACCGAGACACACACACCUGUGUGAGAGUGUUCCAGUGCACUGACAUUGGAAAGAGCUUUAACCAGUUACAUAGCCUGAAAAAAACAUCACCAUUCACAGCAGAGAGAGACCGUACAUGUGUUCUGUGUGAGGACAAGGCUUCAACUGAUCGUCAAACCUGGAGAGACACAAGGACACCGAACCAUGCAGAAACCAUGGAAAUGUGGGGACUGUGGGAAGGGAUUCAAAGCCCCCUCUGAGCUGGAAACUCAUCGGCGCAGUCACACCGGAGAGAGACCAUUCAUCUGCUCUAAGUGUGGGAAGGGAUUUGCUCGGUUACAACACCUGCAGUCACAUCAGCGGGUUCACAAUGGGGAGAGGCCAUUCACCUGCUCCGUGUGUGGGAAAGGAUUCACUCGGUUAACCAGCCUGCAGACACACCAACGAGUUCACACUGGGGAGAGGCCGUUCACUUGCACUGUGUGUGGGAAGGGAUUCACUCGGUUAAACAACUUGCAAACACACCAGCGAAUUCACACUGGGGAGAGGCCCUUCACCUGCUCUCACUGUGGGAAGGGAUUCACUCACUUAUACAACCUGCAAACACACCAGCGAAUUCACAGCGGGGAGAAGCCGUUCACCUGCUCUGUGUGUGGGAAGGGAUUCACUCGGUUAAACAACUUGCAGACACACCAGAGAAUUCACACUGGGGAGAAGCCAUUCACCUGCUCCGUGUGUGGGAAGGGAUUCACUCGGUUAACCAGCCUGCAGACACAUCAGCAAAUUCACACUGGGGAGAAGCUGUUCACCUGCUCUCAGUGUGGGAAGGGAUUUACUCGGUUACCCAACCUACUCACUCACCAGCGAGUUCACACAGGGGAAAGACCAUUCACCUGCUCCGAGUGUGGGAAGGGAUUCACUCGGUCAUCCAGCCUGCUGACACACAAGCGGGUUCACACUGAGAGGCCAGUCACCUGCUCUGAGUGUGGGAAAGGAUUCACUGAGUUCUGCAGACUGCAGGCACACCAGCGAGUUCACACCGGGGAGAGGCCGUUCACCUGCUCUGAUUGUGGGAAGGGAUUCACUUGGUUAUCCCAGCUGCGGACACACCAGCGAACUCACACUGGGGAGAGGCCAUUCACUUGCUCUGACUGUGGAAAGGGAUUCACUCAGUCAUUCAACCUGUUGCUGCACCAGCGGCUUCACACUGGGGCGAGGCCGUUUACCUGCCCUCAAUGUGCGAUUGGAUUCACUCAGUCAUCCCACCUGCUGAGGCACCAGCGAGUUCAUACUGGGGAGAGGCCGUUCACCUGCUCUGAGUGUGGGAAGGGUUUCACUCAGUCAUCCCACCUGCAGACACACCAGCGAGUUCACAGAUGAUUGUAGGGUUUGGAUUCUGCUAUUGUUGUUGCUGCUGUUAAUCACAUCUAGGACUGAACCAUAUUCAUUCUGACACUUGGUGAUAUGGGAGGGUCAGAGGGUUUCUUUCUGCUGAACUGACCAGUCCCAUGACUUUGUCCCAGUGGCUGAUGCUCUUUGAGCCUUGUUGCGAAUAUCUAGUUUCAUAUUUCACAGGGAUCACAGGAUGAAAGGGUGGUUGGAAUGUAAAAUAUAUUUGGUUUGCAUUUCUUUUUGGAACCACCCAAAGCAUGCCAGGUUGCCAUGGCGAUGGGUUGUACUGGUUGGAUGAUUUUUUGGUAUAAUUUAUCUGGGUGUUUCUCACAGAAGAAAACUAUCACAGUUUGAGGGUCAAGUUGGCUGUGGUAGAUUGGGAAACUACAUGAAAAGUUAUGACAGUAGACGGACAAUAGCUAACAUUGAAGGAAUCAUGACACAUUUACAACAAAUAUAGAUUCCUUUUGGGAACAAAGAUGAAAAAUGAUGCAACUGUGCCUAACAGCGUAACAAAGAAAAGAUAAAGAUUGCAUUCGAUCAAAGGAAGAGGCUCCUAAAGUGACCAAAUAAAGUAGUAAGCCUGAGGAUUAGACUUUUUUAGAACUCAGGAAAGGAGGACCAAGAAACUGAUAAAGAAAGAGAAAAUCGAACAUGAAAGCAAACUGGCGAGAAACAUAAAAAGCGAAUGUAAAAGCCUCUAUCAGUAUGUGAAAAGGAAAAGAUUACCAAAGAGAAGAGUGGGUCCAUUCCAGGCAGAGACAGGAGAAUUUAUAAUGGGGAAUAAAGAAUUGGCAGAGAAACUAAUGUGUGUCUGUCCUCACAGAGGAAGAUACAGAAAUCAUCCCAAAAAUACUAGAGAACCAAGGGACUAGUGAGCAUGAGGAACUGAUAGAGAUUAGUAUUGGUAAAAAAGUACGACUGGAGAAAUGAAUGGGGUUGAAAGUUGUUAAAUCCCCUGGACCUGGUGAUCUACAUCCCAAAGUGUUGAAGGAGGUGGCUGUAGAGAUAGUGGAUGCAUUGGUGAUCAUCCACCAAAAUUCUACAGAUUCUGGAAUGGUUCCUGCAGAUUGGAAGAUGGCAAAUGUCCCCCACUAUUUAAGGAGGGAGAGAGAAAACGGGGAACUACAGACCUGUUAGCCUGACAUCAGUAGUAGGGAAAAUGCUAGAAUCCAUUAUAAAGGAUGUGAUAACAUAGGAUCAUAUGAAUUAGG